AUGUCAACUGUUCCAAAACAAUUAUAUUAUCGAAUAACACAACUCAGAUCAUCCAUAGGGAUGCCACCAAAAACUCGUAAUACAUUACUUUCGUUAGGUUUGAAAAGAAGAUAUCAAGUCACUUAUGUUAAAGUCGAUCAAAGUUCUGCUCAUCAAUUAGCUAUGGUUAAAGAAUUAGUUAAAGUUGAAUUAAGUGAAGACAAAAAAACUAGACAAGAAAUAAAUCAAGAAAGAAAAUAUAAAACUGGAUUUGAAUUGAUUAAAGAUGGAAUGAAGAAAAGUUAUGCUUGA